GGCCUGGGCCCGGCGCCGCCUCCGCAACCCCCUUUUCCGGGACUGGUCCACGACGACGCCGGCGCCGGGGCGCUGCCUGAUGAUGUAGCGCUGCGCAUCUGCGCCAUCCGCGAGACCUUCGAGGAGGCUGGGGUGCUGCUGCUGAGACCGCGGAGCUCGCCGCCCGCUUCUCGGGAGCCCGGUCUGGCGCUGCCGCCUCCGCCCGGCCUGGGCGAAUGGCGCUCGCGCGUGCGCAGUGACCCGCGCCACUUCCUCCAGCUGUGCGAGCACCUGGACUGCACGCCCGACAUCUGGGCUUUGCGCAGCUGGGGCGGCUGGCUCACGCCGAUCGGGCGCGGCAGUCGCCGCUUCGACACCACCUUCCACCUGUGCUGCCUGCGCGAGACCCCGCGCGUAGAGCCCGACCUGACCGAAGUGGUGGGCUACAAGUGGUUGUCUCCAUCAGAAGCAACGGAGUGUUUCCUGUCCAAAGAAAUCUGGCUGGCAGCACCACAGUUCUAUGAGAUGAGAAGACUUGAAACUUUCGCCUCUUUCUCCGCUCUGUACAGAUUUUCCUCAGCUCGCCCCUUUGACAUCACUGAGAAAUGGCUGCCGAUAAUCCUUUCCACUGCUGAUGGCACCAUCAUGCUCUUCCCAGGAGAUGAGCUGUACGUGGAAGACGCGGAUUUCUUAGAAAACCCAAUGUCUACUGACAAAAAGACUGACGAGAUCUUGAAGGAAGGCAAAGUAGUUAACCGACUGGUGCCCCGCAGUCUCCAUCUCUAUGAGCUCUAUGUGUCUCUCCUGUCAAAUAAGCACGUGUACCCUGAGAACUUUGACGCGAGCCUGACCGCCCGUUUGUAAAGCUGCUUGACCUGUGGGGGUCGCCUGGACUUGCCUAAAGCAGAAGGAAUGUGCCUAUGAACGGGACCGCGAGGUGUUGCCUGUGUCACGCGUGUUGUGGGCUCCUCAAGCUGCACAGUGAGCCACGCAUGAAAUGUAUGAAGUAGUAACAACCUUGUUACGAAGAUAAAUGCUUUCACAAUGGUUGUCCUUUCUGUCUUCUUAGCUUAAACAUUUAAAAAGGGGUCUCCUGCCGUCGCCUUCUUUGUUGUUGUUGUUGUUGGUUUUUCGAGGCAAGGUUUCUCUAUAUAGUAGCCCUGGCUGUCCUGGAACUCACUCUGUAGACCAGGCUGGCCUUGAACUCCCAGAUCUGCCUGCCUUUGCCUCCUGAGUGCUGGGAUUAAAGGUACGAGCCACCACUGUUCUCCUUCCGUCUUAUGACUACCCCAUGGAUUAACAAUAAUCGCAGGAUCUGGUUCAGUUCCCAAUACCCAUGUCAGGCAGUACACAUACAUGGACUAAUAAUAAUCAGAGGAUAACUGUGUUAGCAAGUUUCCUGAUGUGCGGUGGAGAUUGAGUCCUGGAUCUCUUAGACUCUGGGCAGUAAUUAAUUCAGGGGUACCUAAUUAGACGUCGUUAUGGUUCGAAUGUGGGACUUCCUGCACGUGGUCCAUAGCUGGUAGCACUGUUUUGGCAGGCUGUGAAAACCGAGGGGCAGGCUUUAACCAGAAAAAGUAGGUUGCUGGCACGGGUGGGUCUUGAGGGAUUGAGUCCCACCUCUGUUCCAGAAGAAUUCUGUUUUCUAGUCUGAGGAGAUGUGAGCAGCCUGCUUCAGGUCUCCGCCUCCAUGGCUGUCACAUUGCCUUCAGCACAGUGACACCGGCUGAAAUAAACCCCUGCUCUCUAACUUGUCUCUGUGAGGCUUGUGAUCAUAGCAAGGCAAGCGAUAAUGCAAAUAAACAGUGGUUGAGGCAUCCUGCAAGAGUGAGGUCAUGCUCUUGGCAUGUAUUUAACUUGAUAAUUAACAUGCAUGGCCUGCACCUUUAAUCCCAGCCCUGGGGAGGCAGAGGCAGAUGGAUCUCAGUGACUUCGAGGCCAGCCUGGUCUACAGAGCGAGUUUCAGGACUGUUACAGAGAAACCUUGUCUCUUAAAAACAAACAAGCAGAAGAACCAUACAGUAUCUGAAAACCAGGUAGCAUUUAUUUUGACAUCUAAAUUUUGUUUUUUAUUACACUUCUUUCUAUACUUGUGCACACACACACGAGUGUGUGCCACGGAACAGUGGGGAGGGCAGAGGGCACACACACGCGUGCGUGCCCUGGAGGGCAGAGAACAGCUUACAGGAGCCUUUCUUUUUUCCUGCUGCGUGUGGGUCUGUCUGAUGGAGCUCGGGUCACCAGCUUCAUGUGGCACGCUCUUACUUGCCAGGCCAUCUUCCUGGCCCCAUGUCUCCCAAAUUGUAAAGACUUAGGAACCAUACAGAACACAGGCUGAUGCGAUGGCUCAGCAGGUCAAGGCACUGAACGCGCAUGCCCAGUGACCUGAUUGUGGUCCCCAGAACCCACGUAAAGGUGUGAAGAGAGGACCUACUUUUCCAAGUUGUCUCCUACCUCCACACAUGUGCCAUGGCGUGUGUGCCCUCACACACACCAUGCACACACAGACACACACCGUAAAACUCACCAGCCUUUGUGCACUUAGGAAGUGGUUAAUGAAUGCAAGGGGUUGGAGAGAGAAUGCUAAUUUCACCGGGUUUUAAUGUGUGUUUAAUGUGGGUGAUUUCUUUUUGUCUUUGUUAAAGACAAAUGAUCUUUACUGACUAAAGGUGAGAAAUGAUAAUUAAGGCACAAUUUGUUUUGUUUUGUUUUGUUUUUGUUUUUUUGCUUUGUUUUGUUUUUCAAAGACAGGGUCUCUACAAAGCCCUGGCUGUCCUGGAACCCACUGUGUAGACCAGAUGGCUUCAAACUGACCAGAGAUAAUUCCUACUUUAGCCUCCUGAGUGUUAUGAUUAAAGGUGUGUGCACCACACCUGGCAGGACACUAAUUCUGUUUGUAGAUCUUUGUGUUAUAUGUUGUGGUGGAUUUAAAUUUUCACAAAAUGUCUUGAUUUUCCUGCUAACGCAAUAAAGGCAAUAAUAAAUAAAGCUUUUUUAAAAUAAAAUGUUUUGUUCCUAAG